AUGUGGGCAGGUAAUCAGGCAGCUCACCAACGUGGCCCUUCCUCUCUAGAUUAUCGACUUAGGGAAGCACCUCAUCUGCAACAGCAGGUAAUCUAUCUCCUCAAAGAUAUGUGCGAAUCUUUGGAGGAUGUAUCAGCCAAAGUUUCUCAGAGCUCAGAGUCUUGGGAUCAAGCUCAAAAAAAAGAACGAGAUCAAAAUACUCAAGACAAUGGCGUCUCUUCUUUGGACUCGGCUGAAGAUGAAGAAUCUGAUUUCUCUGACUCUGAUUCUGAUAUUUGCCAUGAUGCACCAACUGUGGCAAUUACAACGCCCUUACUAGACGUAGGGGAAGCUAUAGACUGUCUCUUACGCCUCUCGGUGGCCAUAGCGAAUCCUGCACCCUACGAACGCUUUCAGAAAUCCGGGGCUGAGGACAUCUCCUUCUACGAAACGCAUGACAUCGCCUACGUCAAAGAUAAGUUCCCAAAACUCGAUAGUGUAGCAAGUGUACUAGGAAGAUCCAUCACCAGACGACGUCAGUUCUUUAAAUACCGCCACGCUCAUCACGAAAAGUUAGCUUCCGGCAUUAAAACGGUGGCAUCAAAUGAAGUUGCCGACACAUGCUACACAGAGGUUGUUCCGGAGACAAUAGCUUCCUCUUUACCUGAACACUUUAAGACGAUAGCCAAGUUUGACCCCCAAGCCGCCGUUAUCGAUGAGGAUUUUGGGUCGGAUACCGGAAUAUCGCAAACAUCUUAUGCCACCUCGGCUGGAUUCAUAUUUGAAGGGACAGAUCAAGAGACGUGUGAGCCUGUACCUCCGCUACGGGUACCUCCUCGACCUAGUGCUGCGACAAAUGGCAUAUUCGAGUGCCCGUUCUGCUAUAGAAUGACAUCUGCCAGGACCAGAGCAGCAUGGAAACGACACGUUUUUGGAGAUCUUCGUCCAUACACCUGUGUUUUCCCUGAUUGCGCCGAGUUCAAUACAGACUUUCACCGUCGCCAUGACUGGCAGUUGCACGUUUCCAAGUUUCAUUGGCGAUCCUGGACUUGCCCUUUUAGAUGCCAGCAGCCAUUCUCGUCCAAUGCAGAGCUUUGUAGUCACAUCAAAUAUCACCAUCUGCCAACUGGAACCGAAGAAGAAAUUAAAUCCAUCACAGCUCUUGGCGAAAGGCCUGCCCCAGAUGAUAUUUCCAGCCCUUGCAUUUUGUGCGGUCACUCUAUCACCGGUUUGAAAGAAUACGUUAAACAUGUUGGCAAACAUCUCGAGCAGUUGGCUCUUUUUGCUCUGCCAAAUUUAGAAACAGAGGAUUUGGAGGUAGAGGGAGGAAGCAACGAGCAAGACACUGACAGAUCUGGGACAGAUUCCAACAGCUUCCAUGGUUCCUCAGCAAGCCCAUCACCAACCCUUGCACCCCAGCAACAGGCAGGUCCUGCUUUGCCUGUUGAGCAGCAAGAGGAGAAACAGCAGGAAAAGGGGGGUGAGCAGAGAAAGCAGCGAGAGCAGAGAGAAAAAGAGGAAAGGAUGCUGAGGGAGAAAAGGCAAAUUGAUGCCGCAGCCAAAGUUCAACCGUCUUUCCUGGAACUUCGCGCUCAACAUGCGGCCAUGCAUUCAGCUGCCUCACAGCCACAGCCUGUAUUAGAAUGGCGAUGCUGCCACUGUGGUUUUCUCUCUGACUACAACACUCAACAGAUGCUUAGCCACAACACUGAACAUAUUUGUCACCAUUGUUAUCGCCCUCGCUGCACACUGUGUGAAAAUAUACACGUCAGAUGA